AUGUCUGGGGAAACUUUCGAGUUCCAGGCUGAGAUCUCUCAGCUGCUCGGCCUCAUCAUCAACACCGUCUACUCAAACAAAGAGAUCUUCCUUCGGGAACUCAUCUCCAACGCCUCCGAUGCCCUCGACAAGAUCCGCUAUGAGGCUCUUUCAGACCCUAGCAAACUCGACAGCGGCAAGGAUCUCCGCAUCGACAUCAUCCCCAACAAGGAGGCAAAGACACUUACCAUCCGGGAUACCGGUAUUGGUAUGACCAAGGCCGACCUGAUCAACAACUUGGGAACCAUUGCCCGCUCUGGUACCAAGCAGUUCAUGGAGGCUCUGUCAGCUGGUGCUGACAUCUCCAUGAUUGGUCAAUUCGGUGUUGGUUUCUACUCUGCAUACCUUGUUGCCGACCGUGUCACCGUCGUCUCCAAGAACAACGAUGAUGAGCAGUACAUCUGGGAGUCAAGUGCCGGUGGCACCUUCAAGAUCACCGAGGACACCGAGGGCGAGCAGCUCGGUCGCGGUACCAGCAUCAUCCUUCACCUCAAGGAUGAGCAGAUGGACUACCUGAACGAGAGCAAGAUCAAGGAGGUUGUCAAGAAGCACUCCGAGUUCAUCUCAUACCCCAUCUACCUACACGUUCUCAAGGAGACCGAGAAGGAGGUUGAGGACGAAGAUGCCGCCGAGACCACCGAGGAGGGUGAUGAGAAGAAGCCCAAGGUCGAGGAAGUUGACGACGAUGAGGAAGACAAGAAGAAGAAGACCAAGAAGGUCAAGGAGUCCAAGAUUGAAGAAGAAGAGCUCAACAAGACCAAGCCCAUUUGGACACGCAACCCCCAGGACAUCACCAAUGAGGAGUACGCUUCUUUCUACAAGUCCCUGUCCAACGACUGGGAAGACCACCUUGGUGUCAAGCACUUCUCUGUUGAGGGUCAGCUCGAGUUCCGUGCCAUCCUCUUUGUGCCCAAGCGCGCACCCUUCGACCUCUUCGAGACCAAGAAGACCAAGAACAACAUCAAGCUCUACGUCCGCCGUGUCUUCAUCACAGAUGACGCCACUGACCUCAUUCCUGAGUGGCUCAGUUUCGUCAAGGGUGUUGUCGACUCUGAGGAUCUGCCCCUGAACCUGUCGCGUGAGACUCUUCAGCAGAACAAGAUCAUGAAGGUCAUCCGCAAGAACAUUGUCAAGAAGACACUCGAGCUCUUCAACGAGAUUGCCGAGGACCGUGAGCAGUUCGAGAAGUUCUACUCUGCUUUCGGUAAGAACAUCAAGCUUGGUAUCCACGAGGAUUCGCAGAACCGCGCCGCUCUUGCUAAGCUCCUCCGCUUCAACUCCACCAAGUCUGGCGAGGAAAUGACCUCCCUCACUGACUACGUUACCCGCAUGCCUGAGCACCAGAAGCAAAUGUACUACAUCACUGGCGAGUCCCUCAAGGCUGUGCAGAAGUCACCAUUCCUCGACACUCUCAAGGAGAAGGGCUUCGAGGUUCUCUUCCUCGUUGACCCCAUUGACGAGUACGCCAUGACUCAGCUCAAGGAGUUCGACGGCAAGAAGCUUGUCGACAUCACCAAGGACUUCGAGCUUGAGGAGACUGAGGAGGAGAAGAAGGAGCGCGAGGCUGAGGAGAAGGAGUUUGAGGGUCUUGCCAAGAGCUUGAAGACUGUUCUUGGUGACAGGGUUGAGAAGGUCGUCGUCUCACACAAGCUCGUUGGUUCACCUUGCGCCAUCCGUACCGGCCAGUUCGGAUGGUCAGCCAACAUGGAGCGUAUCAUGAAGGCACAGGCUCUCCGUGACACCUCCAUGAGCUCGUACAUGUCUUCCAAGAAGACCUUCGAGAUCUCGCCCAAGUCGCCCAUCAUUAAGGAACUCAAGCGCAAGGUCGAGGCCGAUGGUGAGGAUGACCGCACAGUCAAGUCCAUCACCCUCCUUCUCUUCGAGACUUCGCUCCUUGUCUCUGGUUUCACUAUUGAUGAGCCCGUCCAGUAUGCUGAGCGCAUCCACAAGCUCGUCUCUCUUGGCCUGAACGUUGAUGAGGAUGUUGAGACUGAGCAGGAGGCCAAGGGCGAUGCUUCAGCAGAGGCUCCCGCGGCGGCUGGCGAGAGCGCCAUGGAGGAGGUUGACUAA